CGCAUGCUCAAUGUAGGACAUCCGCCAUUUUAUGUUUGUUGAAGUUCAAACAUUUCGCAUGUUUCUGUGCGGAAAGUUUAUUGUGUUUACUCAUUUAUCCAUGCCUCAUCAGUAGUCACAUAUCAUUAUUUAUCACAACUGAAUUUUGGACUGAUCUCUCUGAAGUUAUGUAUUUAGAUCUCUAAGUAUCGCGACAAGUUAUGAGGCAUGGCGGCCGUGAGUUGCAGUUGAUACUUUGAUCAGCGAGUCCUAUCAUUACGUCAAUAUUGUUAAUGGUUUAGAGUCAGGCGGCUGUCUGUUCAGAGAACAUAGGUAACAGACAGUAAUCUUACAAGACCAAACAUGGGGGCUUUCUUAGAUAAACCAAAGACUGACAAACAGAACAAAGGUGGUAUGGGAAAUGGUCUUCGAUAUGGAUUGUGCAGCAUGCAAGGAUGGCGAGUGGAGAUGGAAGAUGCUCACACUGCUGUCAUUGGUCUACCCUAUGGGUUAAAAGAUUGGUCUUUCUUUGCUGUAUUUGACGGGCAUGCAGGUGCCAAAGUUUCAGCCUUCUGUGCUGAGCAGCUCCUAGAACAUAUCAUAGCUAAUGAAGACUUUAGAGGCAAACUUGAUGUAACAGAUGGAACUGAGGUUCAACCAUCUCUGGAGGAUGUCAAGAAGGGUAUCAAGACAGGCUUUCUGAAGUUGGAUGAAAUGAUGAGAACAAUGCCUGAGAUGGUCAGUGGGGAGGACAAGAGUGGAUCCACAGCAGUGUGCUGUAUUGUCUCCCCACAGCAUAUCUUCUUUGCUAACUGUGGAGAUUCGAGGGCAGUGUUAUGCCGUAAUGGCAAGUGCUCAUUUGCAACUCGAGACCACAAACCUGUCAACCCGGAGGAAAAGGAGCGAAUACAGAAUGCAGGUGGUAGUGUAAUGAUUCAGAGGGUCAAUGGCUCUUUGGCAGUUUCCAGGGCUUUGGGGGACUUUGAAUAUAAAAAUGUUGAAGGAAAGGGUCCUUGUGAACAGUUAGUAUCUCCAGAGCCAGAAAUUUUCAUUGAGGACAGAAGCCCAGAAGAUCAGUUUCUUGUUCUUGCCUGUGAUGGCAUAUGGGAUGUUAUGACCAACGAAGAACUUUGUGCUUUUGUUGAAAGUAGAAUGAAGAUUACAGACAGUCUGGAACAAAUUAGCAAUUCAGUUGUUGAUACAUGUCUAUAUAAGGGAAGCCGAGACAAUAUGAGCAUUGUUGUAGUGUCCUUUGAAGGUGCACCCAAAGUGUCUGAUGUCGCUGUGAAAAAGGAACAAGAACUGGAUGCAAAAAUAGAAACUAAAAUAAGAGAGUUACUUUUAAAAGAAUCCCCUGAAAAUCAAGACCUCCCAUACAUCAUGCACAUGCUUUCGACCGAGUUAGAUGACAGCUUUCCCCCUGGGGGUGGUUUGGCAGCAAAGAAAGGAUUCAUUGAGAGUACUUACUACAAAUUGAGACCGAAUGAUGAACAGGAUGACGAAGGUCCUUAGCCUCACAUAUAUGAGUACAUGAGAGAAGAGAGCUGUCCUCACCACCCAGCUAGUACCAGCCACCAUUGUUGCUGUCUGCCGUCUUACUAAGCGGAAGUUCUGUGCCAUCCGGCCUGGGUGCACGUCACACUUGUAGGCUGGCAUGUGGCUCCCAUCUGGCACUGCUGAGCCAUCAAUACUGCUAGAAUCAAAAUGAGUAAAUGGCCUCAGUUGGGGCAGCUAAAAGGAGGAAGGUUAAUUUAUCCUUUGUAUGCAUUUUCAUACACAGGACACAAACUAUUCCAGAGUGCUUUUGAAUGCCGUAAAUCAGGUAAAUUCAAAUGUGACAUGUGAUACUCUCACCACCAAUUGUACUCAUGAAACAUCCAUUGUAGAUCUUUCCUACUUUGAAGAAUAUGUGCUAAUCGCAAAAUCAACAUUUUAAGCUCUUUUUCAUAUUGUUUUAGAAACAUGUUCCUUUCUAAUUUUUUACAUGAAUGUGUUAUUUCUACAUGCUAAUUCCAAAUCAGAAAGUGCUACAUGGAAGGAAACUAUUUCCUCAGGUCAGGUUCAGAAGAAAUACCGCAAGUGCUAAACAUUCAGAUGAAAUGAUAUUACAACAGGAUAUUUGUAAGAUCGAUGGCAUAGUCCGAAUGAUGAAUUGACAGUGUGACCUUGUACCUCAUGUUUGGAUCUAAAUUCUUCCAAGUGUUGGUGUAGCUGUAGUGAAGAGCAGCAUUACUACGAUGAUCAUGAUUAUGCACAUGUACAGGGACAUGCAGUGAACUCGGUUGUUGCUAUCCAAUCUUUAAGUGUGACCUGGGAAAAGAAGUCUUUCAUGUUGUCAUUUUGGGUUUUCUUUGCAGACAUCAGCUAACUGAAUUUCCUAAACCUGCACAUUUGGCACUUAUGGCUACAUUGACACCCUGGAAACUCCUUGUUCACUAAUUAUUUGGGGUGGGGGGCAUUUAAUUUUAACGAGAGGCCCUCUGAUCUGAGGUAUUAGUUUGUCGAUUUAACUUCAGCAUAAAUAGGUAAUCAUUGUCCAAGUUGCUGUUUACCUUUUGAUUGUGAUGUAAUAUAAUGAUUGACAGUGUUUCUCUUGUGAGCUACAUUAACAAUAUACCAGUGAUGCAAUAAUGAGAGAAAUAUUUUUGCUGUUUGUGUUGGUUUUGUCAAUUACUUUGCUUCCUCAUGAUUGUGUUUGUCCUGUUAAUAUUACUACGAUGCAAGUCAGUACAGACAAGGCAGAUGGAUCAUUUAAUUUAUAGCUGAAGUCAUGAUGAAGUUCACCACUCAUAUCCCAUAACCACAGUAAUAUAUUAGCCAAGCAUUGUACACACUUUACACUGUCUUGCAGCAUUCUGUCAUUCAUGUAUCAUCUGUGGUUGACAAAUGUUUCAUUUUCCUGCAUUGUAUGAUAUCUGCCUUCUUUGUAAUGUCCUACAGGCCCAAUGAUGUAGAUAUUCUGUGUUUGGUUUCAGAAGGCUUAAGGUGCAAGGUUGUCUUUGUAUGACCUUCUACUGUUCAAACAGGUGAAGUGUUCUCCCUGCUUUUGUUAACUUUAUGUUGAGAUCAGAAGUUAUAUACGUGCAGUUAAUUAUACUUACAGAAACAGAAAGCAGACAAGGGACUCAAAGAAUUUGGUAAGGGACUGAAAGUGUUUACUGUGUCUUGUGGCUUGAGUUGGAGGAAUGUAACAUAGAUGUAGAAUUCAUAGAAACUGAAUUUAUUAAUCAUGUUUAGUCCAUUAGAUUUGGAACACAUCCUUUUUUAGGCAACCAAGAGCUGAUAUUUAUACAAGCACAUAUUCCGGGAUUUCUGUUUAGUGUAAUUCUAAACAUGUACCUUUUGCUUAUCCUGACAUUAGCAAUAUCCUUUCGCUUACAGCUUCCUGAGUCAUCCAUACUUGAAGGUGAUCACAAUACAUAUCCAAUAACGACCCUGAAAGGCGGAGGACACUCGUCACAUGAUCAUUGUAUUCUAUUGCAACACAAGUCAAUAUUCUAACCAUUUAUCAAUUGCUUUCAAAGUUUGUUCAACAUAACCAGGUGGAGAAAUGGUCAACACAUAAACUUUUGCACAUUAAUAGACCUCAUUUGUCAUUUUUCCGCCAAUGGCUCACAAUAUGCACAGGUUUGUAGUGAUUUCAACUGGAUUCCUCAGGACUGAUGUUAAUUACUUUAUUUUUGUCAAGACGGAUUUCAUGUAAACAGCUUACCUACAUGCAGAUAUUUUUAGCAUAUGUGACGUCACAGCCAUGUUUAUGAGUGGGUGACAGUUCUCUGUUAUCACAUUUUGGGUAAAUGAGAAGUGUUUCAAAUGUAUUGAGGGUGAUUAAACAUGGCAGCAGCUGUUUCUCAAGAAUGUAUAUUGUAUUAUGAUGCCAUGUCGUGUGAAUUUGUAUUAUAUUGUAAAAAUCAAGAUAUAUAUGAUAUGUUUCUGGAGAAAUACUAGAAUCAGUGAUUUGAAAACUAAUUAUUUUCUGUGUUUGUCAGACUGUUAGACAUAGAGAGCUGUGGAGAAAGUUAAUGUCACUGACAAUAAAUAGCUGUAUAUUUCUCCUCGCUUAAGACCCAUCAAUGCAAUUUACUUGUGACAAGAUAUUGCAUUGUACAUUGAAACAUUUGGCCAAUAAAGAUAACAAUUUUGUUUGAA